CGGCAGCGGCUCGGCGUCUUUGGAGCCGACUCUUGAGCUGAGGGAGAGGCGUGUUGUAGGACGGGAUGUUACAGGCUGUAGGAGCGGUGGAUGAGGAAGAGGAGCAUGCGGAGGACGACUGUCCUGAAUUGGUUCCGAUUGAGACGAUGCAAGGAGAGGAGGAGGAAAAGUCUGGCCCCGGCUCCAAGAUCCCAGUCACAAUUAUCACCGGGUAUUUAGGUGCUGGGAAGACAACACUUCUGAACUAUAUUUUGACAGAGCAACAUAGUAAAAGAGUAGCAGUUAUUUUAAAUGAAUUUGGGGAAGGAAGUGCAGUGGAGAAAUCCUUAGCUGUCAGCCAUGGUGGAGAACUCUAUGAAGAGUGGCUGGAACUUAGAAACGGUUGUCUCUGCUGUUCAGUGAAGGACAAUGGCCUCCGAGCUAUUGAGAAUUUGAUGCAGAAGAAGGGGAAAUUUGAUUACAUACUGUUAGAGACCACUGGGUUAGCAGAUCCUGGUGCUGUGGCUUCUAUGUUUUGGGUUGAUGCUGAAUUAGGGAGUGAUAUUUAUCUUGAUGGUAUUAUAACUGUUGUGGAUUCAAAAUAUGGAUUAAAACACUUAACAGAAGAAAAACCUGAUGGCCUUAUCAAUGAAGCUACGAGGCAAGUUGCUGUGGCAGAUAUCAUUCUUAUCAAUAAAACAGACUUGGUUCCAGAAGAGGAUUUAAACAAAUUAAGAACAACCAUUAGAUCAAUAAAUGGACUAGGAAAAGUUUUAGAAACACAAAGAUCAAGGUACUUUUAA